CGGGGCCGGAAUCGAGCCGGGAGCCCAGCGCAGCUCCCGGCCGCGGACUUCGGGCUCAGCCCAAGCAUCCCUCCUGGGGGCCGCGGAAAGCGGAGCUACUCGGCCGUUCCGAGGAUAGGGAGGAGCACUCAGCUCCCCGGGGGCCGGGGGGCUCUGGGGGGCGCACGUCCAGCCAGCCAGCGCCUGCGCUUCCUGAGGGGCCCCUGGCCGGCCUCUGGGGCGAGAUGGCCGCGCGCGUCCGGGCGUCCCCGCCGCGGGUCCUCGUCUGCCUCGGGGUGCUGCUGGCCCGCUGGGUCGCCGCAGGAUUAGAGGCUCUGGUCAUCGGAGAGGUCCACGAGAACGUAACUCUGCACUGUGGCAACAUCUCGGGACCAAGGGGCCUUGUGACCUGGUACCGGAAUGACUCGGAGCCUGUCUUCCUCCUGUCCUCCAAUUCCAGCUUCCAGCCGGCCGAGCAGCGCUUCUCUCUGGCCGAUGCCAGCUCGUUGCACAUCGAGGCGCUGACCCUGCGGGACGAGGGGAACUACACCUGCCGGGAGGUCCUGAAUGAGACGCGGUCGUUCCGAGCGUGGCUGCGCGUGGCCCGUGGUCCCUAUGAGGUCGAGGUCAAUAUCUCCAGCACCGGCACGCUCCCCAAUGGGACCCUCUAUGCGGCCAGAGGCUCCCAGGUGGACUUUAGCUGCAGCAGUAGCUCUUGGCCUGCACCGACGGUGGAGUGGCAGUUCCGGGCCCCCGAUUCCAGCCCGGAGCCCUUUGGAAACAACCUGACGGUCAGCAGCUUCAUUCUGCUGCUCAUGUCACCAAACCUCCAAGGAAACUACACCUGUUUGGCCACGAACAUGCUCAGUGGGAGACAGCGGAAGGUGACCACCGAGCUCCUGGUCUACUCCCCCCCUCCGUCAGCCCCUCAGUGCCGGGCAGAGACGUCACAAGGACAGCUCACGCUGCAGCUCACCUGCCGCUGGGACGGGGGAUACCCGGACCCGGACUUCCUCUGGACCGAAGAGCCAGGAGGUGUGGUCGUGGGGACGUCGAAGCUGGGGGUGGCGAUGCUGAACCAGUCCCAGCUGUCAGAUGGCAAGAAGUUCAAGUGUGUUGGGAGCCACAUAGUGGGGCCGGAGUUGGGAGCCAGCUGUGUGGUACAGAUCAGAAGCCCCUCCCUUGUCUCUGAGCCCAUGAAGACUUGCUUCGUGGGGGGCAACGUGACGCUCACCUGCCAAGUUUCUGGAGCCUAUCCCCCUGCCAGGAUCCUGUGGCUGAGGAACCUCACCCAGCCCGAGGUGGUCGUCCGGCCCAAUGGCCACUAUCUCAUCACCCAGGAUGGCCAGAGCUCCACACUCACCAUCCGCAACUGCUCCCAGGUCCUGGACGAGGGCUACUACGUCUGUCGGGCCGAGAACCCCGUGGGGGUGCGGGAGGUGGACAUCUGGCUGAGCGUGAAAGAACCUUUGAAUAUCAGUGGAAUCGUGGGCACCAUCGUGACCCUUCUUCUGCUGGGACUGGCCAUUAUCUCGGGGUUUAUGCUGUAUUACAGCCCGGUGUUCUGCUGGAAAGGAAACACUUUCAGGGGGCAAGACAUGGGUGAUGUCAUGGUUUUGGUGGAUUCCGAAGAAGAGGAGGUAGAGGAGGAAGAUGCUGCAGAAGAGGAGGAGGAAGAGGAGGAGGAAGCAGAUGAGAUGGAGGAGUCACCAAAGGAAAUACAGAAGCACGGCCACAUCCAUCAAGUGACUGCACUGGUGAAUGGGAACGUAGACUGGAUGGAGAACGGACUCCAGGCUCUGCAAGACGACAGCAGCGAGGAGCAGAGUGACAUCAUUCAAGAAGAAGAUCGGCCAGUUUGAAGAAGAGAGAAUUGUCCUCCGUGAUCCUGUCUUGAAAGCUUUGACUUGACUCACACCCCUGCCUGAAGGCUCAAAAUGGUUUGGGACUCCCAGCAAAAAAGAAAAACACACACACACAUAUAUUUCCUUUCUUUUUUUUUUUUCUCCCCCUAAACUGGUUUGACUCGCUGUAAGUUUUCUCAUUGACGUUGAAAAGUACUGGGAACGGGCAGUGUGUGGGGGAAAGGUGCAGUCGGCAUCUGAGGUGCCCCUUUUCACUGUGACUUCUGGCUUUAUCCAGCUUGAAUGAUGCUGAUCUGGGGGAAGCAGGAGGAGGGGAAGUCCUUGACCUCAGUGCUCAGGACUCUCAGUGCACUAUGAAGGGUGUGUAGCCGGCUUGUCCCAGCACGCAGGGAAUAGCGUGGGGUCCCUGCCCAGGUAAGCUGGAGAACAAGGCAGACGUCACCUCCCUGGACAAGGCGAGAAGGUGUCCAUUACCGAUGCUAGUCAGAGGGAGGCAGUGUGGUUCGGGCUUGGGAGUUGGAAACACUGAGGCUUGAAUCUGGGCCCUGCUUCUUGUUUCACGGGCUUGGGCACAUUGCUUUACCGCUCCCCGAGACCUCAGUUUCGUCAUCCACAAAAUAGGUGGAAUCAUACCUGCUGUACAGGGUACAGCGGGUCCCUAAACGAGGCACUCCUGAAAUGAGGUGCUUGUGGGUGUGAAAUGUCAACUGUAAAUUACAAGCUGCCGCCUUGGCCUCUCUUUCUUUGUUGAAUGGUUUCCGAUGAGAGCUUUCCUGAUGGUGUUUGCUUCCCUGGGGUAUAAUUCUUUUCAAAAGCGGUAGGGGCCCACAAGAGGAAGUGCCUUUCAUUAGAACCUCUCAUUUUGCAGGGCUUCAUGUUUCUACAAAAGCCUUCGGUGAUACCCUGUUGGUUUUCAGAAUUCCCCACUCCUUUCUCCUGUGGCUUUGAAAGAAGGCAGGAGAAAUGUUUUGCAGCGGAGUAUCUAGCGAGGAGUAGUCCUUGGGCAGACAAGUUCAUCUGGCCUCGGUUUCUAGCUCUUGGAAAUGGGAGUGAGAAGACUUGUUUCCUUUCCACUUCCUAAGGAAGGAGAUCACGAGGAUACAUUGGCCAAUAUAACGCAAGUUUUGGGCUAAAAAUAACAUAUGAGGAGUUUAAGCUGCUGUUUCUAGAUCCGUGGACAGUUCAGAGAUUUUUGUUUCUCUGACUUCAUCCAAAUCUCUUAAACGUCAGGGACCUAACAAGGGUGCAAAAGAUGUGUGCUAAACAUGAAAAUCUGACAACUUGAGUGUGCAUUCUUUAAUGUUCAUGUCCUGCCUGUUGCACAGGACCUGGGGCUUAAUGGGGAACUUCCUUUCUUCAGUAGCAGGGACUGGAGCUCCUGGAAGCCGAGAAGCUGGUUCUCUGCAGGGUUACCCUGCAGGUGUGGCUGGGACAGCUCUAUUUUCUUGGAUGCAAAGACUGACCUGAGCAAAAUCACGAGAAGUGAACCCUGUCCCCAGCUCAGAACCCUGGCGGUCCAGGAGCUCACUGCAAUUUCUACCCCUCAGGAAUCGCUGUGGCCUGCUAACAACAGUUCUGACAUGCUGAGUCUUUUGCUGGACGGUAUUUCAGUCCUUAACCACUCUGGCCAGUCUAAGGCAGCAUUGUUUCAGAACAGGAGACUCGAGUUCCCGAUGAAGCCACCGAACACUGAGCUUGUCUCCCUUUCGAAUCUUCCGCGAUUAAAGUCCCGAAAGAGUCCACUCGGCAGAGGCAACCAUAUUUAAAAAGAGGAUAAGAAAAGAAAACAGGAGACUAAAAGAUCCCUAGGUAGGAACACAGAGAAUGAUUUGCAAGAUCACAGAGAUGCUUUCCAGAACUUUCCUCUUCUCUUGCACACGCACCUGAUGAUAGAAAAUAUUCGGGGCGGGGUUGUUCCACUAACAAUAGGGGGCUUCAGGGUCUUGUCAAACACUAUAGACCCUGGAUUAGCUGAGCCACGACGUCUGUCACUUCUAUCUGAGCCCUACGUGCACAUGAAUAUGGCUGGGUCAGGUAAGAGCGCAGGUACUGGGGUUCUUCAAGCUGUAAGGGUUUCUACAGAAUGAGGGCUUGCUUUUCUUUUGAGAUGACCCCCGUACCCAAAACUACAAGCGUGUUGACUGUGGGGUACAAAGUCUGGGUGGCAAAGUCCAAGCUGUUAUAUCGCUCGAUUAUGCAAUCUUAACUGAAUGUAUUGUGAACUCCCAGAUCUCCUUAUCAGAAGCAGGAAGAUAAAUACUGAAGGGCUAUCACAACUGCCAUUUCAGCAGGGGCCACUGGGGAAGGGCUCCGCCAUCCUGUGACUUUGAUAUUAGCCUCAUUCUCAUAAGCACACACAGGCCCUGCUACUGCAGAAAACCUGUGAUGGGAAAUUUCCAGAACCCAUGCACCGAAACCUGGAAAAUCACCCUUGCUGGGUAAAGUUUAUCAUGAUGCAGCGCCAACUGGGAGUUCUCGCCACGGGACUGGCCACAGGACUGCUGCACAGAAAAACGAGCAGAUCCCUCCGCGUUACUUACAUGUUAAUAUUUGGUGUGCGUGCGUGGGGGGGGGAUGGGUAAGAGAAAUUUAUUCUGAGGUUAUAAUGUGGAUUUUUUAAAAAAGAUUAUGGAAUAAAGUUAUUUUUAAGUAAA